ACAGUUACAUCUGUAUUUUCACGAUCCCGUGAGCGUGACACAAUUGUUACUUGUUUAUGGUUAUAAUGAAAAAAAUAUUUUUACGGGUGACGUUUGUGUAGCGAAACGGCUGAAAUAGGCGGAGAAACGACACGGUUAGAAUUGCGCACCUGAUGUGCGCGUACCCUGCGUAAGCCGUGCCGUUCAGCGGAUUGUGAAAUGGAGAGUAUAUUUCACGAGAAGCAAGAGGGAUACCUAUGCGCCCAACAUUGCUUAAAUGCGCUUCUACAAGGCCCGUAUUUUAACGCUGUAGAUCUGGCGAGUUUCGGACACCAGAUGGACGAGGAGGAGAGAAUCAGGAUGGCCGAGUCGGGUGUAGACAGUGAGGAUUACAGGCUCUUCUUGGAGCAACCAUCGGGAAACAUGGACGACAGUGGAUACUUUUCAGUUCAAGUUAUUAGCAGUGCUUUGAAAGUUUGGGGUUUAGAACUGAUUCCAUAUAACAGCACGGAACCGACAGCUUUACUGGCACAGCAUGAUCCUUCGCGGAUGAAAGCAUAUAUCUGUAAUUAUAGAGGACACUGGUUUACAAUACGAAAACUCGGAAACCAGUGGUUUAAUCUAAAUUCAAUGCUCAGUGGUCCACAACUUAUAUCAAAUACUUAUCUUGCAAUGUAUCUAGCUCAAUUGAUUCAAGAAGGUUACUCUAUCUUUAUCGUUAAUGGUACAUUUCCACAAUGCCCUGCUGAAGAUGUUCUCUUGAAAAAUCCCGUAGUUGUGACGACGCAAAGAAGUAACGAAAAGGAAGAUUCAAAGAUCACACCCAAAGGUUAUCGCUUAGGUACCAAGGCAGAAGAUGACAUUAUGAAAGCUGCGCUUGCGAUGAGCGAAAUCGAGAUUCCACAGUCGUCCUGCGCGACCAGAAGCUCGUUGUUUUCGCACCCAACCGAGGUACCCACGGAUAAACCUCGUGAAAGAAUAAUACCUGUAAGAGUCGAGGGUUUAGGAGAAGAGGAGGAAGAAGAAGUGACAGACGAGGACGACGAGGACGAUAAUAUGCAGUUAGCAAGGGCUCUGGAAUUGAGCUUGCAGGAUUCCAGGAACGACACAGACAAGACUCUAAAGUUAAGGUUGGACCUCACCGAUGGAAAGACAUUGACGCAUUUAACGAACUCAGUGGACGAAGCAGACGAGGAUGACGAACUGAGAAAAGCGCUACAGUUGAGCCUCGAGUGCGUCACCGCCCCACCGACACCAGAUCCAGAGGAUUUACGAUGGCGUCGGUUGAAUCAUUUUGGCAUAUACACGAACAGAACGCCGAACAGCGAAGCUCCCGCGAAUCUAAACACUUAACAAUAAGCACAAACUCAGACACAAACAGACUUGCAGACUUUCAUACACUGUACUAGACCACUGACAGCGAUACUUGAGAAUCUUAAUAAGAUCUGAUACUGAUAUCAUUUGGCGUGUUACUUGAUCGUACAAGGUGUCUGAUGAUAACAUAUAAAACUCUUGUGCAUGUGUAUAUUAGGCCAAACAAACUCUACCAUUUUGCAAAAAUUACAAAAUUUUGAUUAGUUAAAGAAGAUUGGUAAAUAAUCACGCACGAUAUAGUAGAUGAGCUGUGAUAGCGACUGUUCAAAUUGAACAAAAAAUCCUAUACUAUUUUGCAAAUAACUACGUCGAUUGACGUCGAUUUUCAGUUAUUGACUGUAUUCUAAUAUUCACUGUCAGUACUAAAAACCUAUAAUUCAUGUUAAAUACACUAUACAGGGUGUCCCAGAUCAUCUUCACAAUCUUUCGUGAGGACGUAGAGCGGAUUGAGAUGAACACAAAAGUUCCAUACCGUUUUGCAAUAUUCUCAAUAAUAACCAAGAAAUUAUAAAAGACUAAGGAGAAACGCACGCUGAAUGGUUGAGGAAGGAGCGGCUCGCGAUUCAAUAAUAUAGUAGGCGGAUGUCAACGUGCAGCGAGUGGUAGAUCAACGCGCCACUGUCUGUGCUUAUAUCGCUGCGAUCCUACGUCUUGCCGCACCGCACUGAGGUGAUAUGUAGGAAUGUAGCGAUAUAAACAUAGGCAGUGGUGUGUUGUAUUUCCAAUCAUCGUGUACCGAUAUCCGCGUACUAUAUUACUGGGUUCGCGCUGCGGCUUGAGCACUCCUCUUCCAUCAUUCAGCGUGUUUUUCCUCAAUCUUUCGCAAUUAAUUUUUCGACUAUUAUUGUGAAUAUCGCAAAACGAUAUAGGACUUUUGUGUUCAUAUCAUCAGCUCUACGACCUCACGAGAGAUUGUGAAGGUGAUAUGGGAUAUCCUGUAUAUUUUUCAUACAUCGGAACGCAACCAUUGAAGGAAGACGAGCGAUCGCGCGCAAUAAUGCACCAAUCUUCUUUAAUCAAUAACUCGGCAUUUUACGCGAUUGUUUGCAAAAUCGCAGAGGAACUUUUUGUUCAGAUUUACCUAAUUUAUAUACGAAGUAUGGAACAUUUAUCGUCGGACACCCUGUAUAUAGUAAAUUAUUUACAACAAAUAUGCGAUAUAAAUCUAAGAUUCCCUUGUGCAUACUACUCUAUUUUAGUGAGGUAAUGACAGAAUACCCGAGUAUAAGAAUUACAAACAUCUAUUUGAAAGGUUUAUUCCCAUCUUUAUAUGUCUCAUCUCCAAACUAGUUCAAUGUCAGAAAGUAGCGCCGUAUUUUGGGAAGGCAAGAAAUAACCACGAUAUACAGGGUGUCACACUUCAAAACGUGAGUGUUUCAAACAUUGAUAAAAUAGAAAAAAGUUGCUUACAUAAGAGCAAUGGACUUUAUUUUGUAGUAUCAGUGACGAAAAUAAUCAAAAUGUAAACUUAUCUGUGAUUACAUUGAAUAACUGCUUUGCUUCCCUGAGAUAUGGCUGCAGUCAUCUUUACUACUACUAUUACUACUACUACGUGCACCUUACAUCACAUCUCAAGAGUUCUGUGGUCAAUGGUCUAGUAUGUGGAAGUCUGUAGCACAAACUCUGCUAAUACUAAAACUGAACCUGAACGCUGCAUUGUAAAUUAUAUGAUUGAGUAGUUAAGCCCGGCAGGAAUGUCACUUUGUAUACUAAUGUUAUAAUGAUAAGAGAUGUCUUCGAAAUGAGAUAGACUAAAGAUAUAUUUCUGAUUCCUUGAGACUGAGAGGGAGCCUUAUUCAGCGUGUCUCCUUCUCUUUCCCAACAUUGUUAUACUAAUCGUAUUGCAAACUAAAAAAAUGACAGAGGUAUUAAAACUUGUUUUGCCAUAUACGUUAUUUAAACACA